UCAGUCAGCAGACAACCAUCCCGUUAUAAGAUAAAAGUAGUUUACUAGGGAAUCCUGAAACCCCUUCUGAGUGUCCUUGCCUAUCUACUAAUUGCUGUAGGUUGAUUGAGUCAAGUUGGUAAGGCCAUUCCAGCUGAAAAGAAGCCUACUAAUGAGCUUGCAGCUGCUGAGAGCUUAAAUGAGAAAAUGCAGACCGAGAAGGCUUUGAAGGGAAGGAGUUUAUAAUAUUCUUAGAUAAUUUCCAGAGGCAAGAGUCUUACCAUUUAUACCUUCUUUUAGUCUGAUAGUGGUAUAGCAUUAAGUAAAAUAAUUUAGUCUCUUGGCGAGAAGAAAUUUCCCCUGUGUUAUCACAAUAAGACCCAGACAGAGGAAUAAACUGCCUUGAAAGAAGUGGUGCAAAGAAAGCUUUGGGUGAUAGAAAUACAGAGAAUUUUCCUGCAUUUGUGACACCUCGUAAAUAGUAUAACAAUGUCUGGACGUGCCAAGAAAGCAGUGCAGACAAAGAAGACCAAAUCUGUAAAAUCUGGCCUGCAAUUCCCGGUGGGCCGUAUUGAGCGAUACCUCAAACAGGGCCACUAUGCGGAUAGAAUAAGCACUGGAGCGGCUGUGUAUUUGUCAGCUGUUUUGGAAUAUCUGACUGCGGAGGUCAUAGAACUGGCAGGAACGGCUGCGCAUCAGAACAAGAAGCAGCGGAUUGGGCCCCGGCACAUCCAGCUCGCUGUGAAGAAUGAUGAAGAGCUUAACAAGUUGUUUGCAGGAGUGACCAUUGCCGAAGGAGGCGUUCUGCCCAAUAUCCAAGCCCAGCUGCUUCCCAAGAAGACUGCAGCUAAAGAAGCUGUGGAAGAUACUCGGUCACAAGAAUUCUGAAGCCUGCUACCUUUUGCUCUCUUAUAAGAAGGGAUUUGUAAGCAAAGCUAUUGGGCUUUAUAAGGAUCUUAGCAUUAAGUGAUGUAUACCCCUAUUAUCUGUUUACCUUCUGACUUAAAAAAAAUUAUAACUUUAUAAAGUGUCAAAUGUAAAGCGAAUUCCAAUAUGGUUUUUUAAAAAAUGUUAAAAUAAAGGUCAAUUCUACACUGCA